AUGACCGUUGGCGGACCGACAAUCACACUUCCAGAUGGGCACAAAAUGCCGCAAGUCGGCCUCGGGACUUGGCAGUCGAAUCCCGGCGAGGUGGAAAAGGCCGUGAAGGUGGCGGUGAAAGACGGCUACCGAUUGAUUGACACCGCUCAGGGAUACGAAAAUGAGGAGGAGAUCGGGAACGCUCUCCAGGAACUCUACAAUGAAGGCGUCAUCAAACGAGAGGAUGUCUUCAUCACUACAAAGAUUUGGUCUACUCAUCUCAACCCGGAGCGCCAGGAAGCUAUUGUAAAGGAGAGCCUUCGCAAACUACGCACCGACUACCUCGAUUUGGUGUUAGCGCACAUGCCAGCUGCCGCUUCGGAAGACAUGUCGAAACACGAGAAUGACAUCUCGGUGGAGGACAUCUGGAAGGCUUUGGAAAAGCACGUUGAAAAGGGCUUAGUACGAUCGAUCGGUGUAUCCAACUUCAACGAGGAACAGAUUGAGCGCAUCGCCAAAAUUGCCACGGUGCCUAUCGCUAGCUCUCAGGUCGAGCUGCAUAUCUACUUGCCACAACACAAGAUGCUGGAAGUCUGCAAAAAACACGGAAUCGUCGUCACCUCCUAUGCGACGCUCGGUUCACCAGGGCGUGUCAAUUUUCGGCUGAAGAGUGGGGCCAAGCUCGUUUGGGCCGAAGCGCCGAGUGCCCUCGACAAUCCACUCGUCAUCGAGCUCGCAAAGAAGUACAACAAGACGCCGGCACAGAUUCUCAUUCGUUGGGCGAUGGACCUUGGCGUUGCGGUGAUUCCGAAAUCGGUGAAUGGAGAUCGAAUCAAACAAAAUUUUGAGCUCUUCGAUUUCCACUUGGAACAGGACGAAGUCGAGAAGCUGAGCCAUCGCGAGCACCACCAACGCCUCUUCUUGCAAGAUUUCAUGGAGGGUCACAAGGAGGACGCGUUCGCCGACGAGCGUGGAAAGCAA